AUGCUCUCCACCACAACAUCCCUGCGUGAAUUCUACAAGGUCCAUGAAGAAGAUGAAAUACAGCCUUUAUCGCCCAAUGGUGGCAUCCCGAAAUUCGUCAACUUCGGUCCUGGAGACCGCGGAGUGGGCAUGCCGCCAGUGUUCUUCCAAGAUCCGAAGCCCAAACCAGGUGUAAAGGGACAGAUUCAUGCGUGGGGGAUCUAUCCCCAAAAUGAAGAGAAUAAUGCCCCGGAAUACUACCGAGAUGGCUCUCUUUACGGCCCGGAGGGUUCGGGGGCAAUCGACUCUGUUCAUAUUGCGCAGGUUGGCUACGACUGCCUGCCUGAUGACAAAUAUACUCUCGCACAUCUGUUCUCAAAAGAAGGCGACCAGAUUGGAUACCUGUAUGACUUUGGAGAUAAAUGGCGUCAUGAUAUCGUCGUAGAGAAGAUCUUCCCGCGUGAACAAUCGUACGGACGUGCGGAAAUACUAGAAGGCAAGGGAAUGUGCCCCGGCGAGAAUAUGGGCGGUUCUUUUCAAUAUUCUGAUUUCCUGUCGGAGUACGACUCUAUGUCCCAUCAUGACAACGCGAGCGCGAGAUCCUCGCCACACACGUCCUUCGGAAAGCCGCCCUCGCUCUUCGACCCGGACACAUUCGACCUCGCCGGUGCGAAUGCGCGGCUCGCGGAGGCGCUCGCGACCCAGAACUCGGUGCGGUCCGGCGCGAAGAAGUACCACAUGCCCUUCGCGCCGAUGGACCAGUACAAGGCGAUGCGCGCGCGGGACCUGGGCAAGGGCGAGCACGUCGUGCACCAGCACGAGGGGGACUACGGCGGGUUCUGGGAGGAGACGAAGACGGAGCGCAAGGACAGGAAGAGCGAGGCCGCGUGCGCGGCGUGUGGAAACCCAGACGCGAAGGCGCUCAAGGUGUGCAGCGGCUGCAAGCAGAUAAUGUAUUGUUCUCCGCAGCACCAAAAGGCUCACUGGAAGACAGUUCACAAGAACCAGUGUAGCCGCGAGUUCCUGAAGUGA